CAUUUAACAAUGAUUUCGCUUCAAAUUCUAAAAUCUCUUGACGCUUAAAACUCCAUAAUCAUACUAUCCAUGCCUCUAAGCUCGUGCCUUUUAGAUCAACCUGCUCCAUUUGAAAAAACACAAUUUACAUAUCCGCACAUACACAACAAAUAAGUAGAUAUCGCGUUCAGUAGCUGACCAAAAUUUAGUGUAAAAAGUGAACUUUCAAAACCGACAAGAUGUCGAUCAGGAAAGGUGGAUUGAUGUCCUAUAACCAGCGGCGCAUUGCUCGCUGGUACUUUGGAGGAGUGGCUAGUUCUAUGGCCGCCAUGGUGACGCAUCCACUCGAUCUGAUGAAGGUGCUCAUCCAGACGCAGGCGGAGAAAUUAUCAUUGGGUCAGACUACGCGCAAGAUUAUCCGGGAACAAGGCGUUUUGGCCAUGUACAAUGGCAUCUCGGCCUCGAUGCUUCGUCAAUACACUUAUACUCUAUCCCGUUUUGGCAUUUACUCGGUGGGAUCGGGCAUGAUGGACACCAGCACCAUGGGCCGUAAAACACUCCUGGCGGCUGUGGCCGGAGGAAUUGGGGGCUAUGUGGGCGCUCCUGCGGAUCUUAUCAACGUCCGCCUACAAAACGAUGUCAAGCUUCCGCCGGAGAAGAGACGCAACUACAAGCACGCCAUCGAUGGACUGGUGCGUAUCACCCGCGAGGAGGGCUGGCGAAGUCUCUUCAACGGCGCCUCGAUGACCGCCCUGCGCGGGAUGUUCAUGACCGUGGGGCAGAUCGCCUUCUACGAGCAGAGCAAGGCCAAUCUGGUGAAAGUGGGCAUGCCGGAGAAUAUGGGCACCUAUAUCCUUGCAUCGAUCAUCUCGGCCACGGUGGCCACCACUCUCACGCAGCCGAUUGAUGUUGUGAAGACCCGGCAGAUGAACGCUUCGCCCGGAGAAUAUUCCGGACUGACGGAUGUAUUCAUGAAGACCUCAAAGGAGGGUCCGCUAGCCUUCUUCAAGGGAUAUACGCCCGCUUUGACGCGACUAAUGCCCGCACACGGUGUUACUGUUUCUGGGCCUUGAGUAUCUGAGGACCCAUUUUGGCUAUCUGCCAGAGCCAAAACUGACGGGCCCCUAUUAUCGCUACAGCGACGAGGAUUAAUCAUUUUAUAUUAUAUUUUAAAUCUCCAGUGUCGUUUUUAGAUGUUCUUCAAAGUGUGAAAAUAAAUUAUAUUUUAGUUGAAAA